GAUCAAUGGUAUUUCCAAUACUGGAGAAUUUCUUACAGAAUAUUGUUGUCAUCACUUGAUUACACAUUCAGAAUUACCUUCAAUGGAUUAUUAGUAUGAAGGAAAAGAAGUGCUAGCUCCUAGAUGAAAAAGAGGAUAUUAAAAGAAAGGAAUGCUUGUGGUAAAAAAACGAUCUUUGUAGAAUUGAAAGGCAUCUGUCCCAGUAUGAAGAUUUUCGUAUUAGUUGCUUCAUUUUUUAUGAUCAGCAUUACAGAGUCGGAUUAUGGGAAACAAUCCUGCCAAAAGCGGUACUACAAUUUCCCACGGUGUAUCAACCAUCCAGACGGUUAUGGGUGUGAAUGUGGUCCAGGAUUUAGGUGGAACACAGAGAUGUGCAUGUCCACAGCGAUUGAUUCCAGAUUUGUAUUUGAGGAAAGAGAACCCAUACGCUACACACUGUUGCUGGGGAAAGCUUUUCCUAGACUCGACAGAUGUACGAUAGCUUUUUGGAUUCAAAUUGGAGACAAUAGAAAGGACAGCACAGUCAUGUCUUAUCAAUUGAACAAUGCAAACAACCUAAAACAACAUAAAAUAUUUAGGUUCUAUCAAAACAAUGGUCUUUAUCUUCGGUUUUGGAAAAAUGAGGUCAAUUCUGGUGUUAAACUGAAUGAAGAUACCUGGACUCAUAUAGUAUGGACAUGGGACUCGUCAGAUGGUUCAUGGACAUUCUAUCAGGAUGGUAACAAAGUAAAAAAUGGAAGAAAUGAUGAUUUCAUGAAGGCUAUUCCUGGUGGCGGAGAGUUUGUACUGGGACAAGCUUUUCGGCAACAAAAUUCCACUUUUAAUUCAAACUUUGCUUUUGUUGGUGGCAUAAGUCAUCUUAAUAUCUGGAAUGAUGUAAAGGAUCAUGCUGAGGCACAAGAAAUACAUAGGUCUUGUACAUAUAUGUAUUGUGGAAACGUCGUCCAAUGGGCUGAUUUUAGAAUUGGAACCAGAGGAGCCAUGCGGAUGAGAUGGCCAUCAGGAAUUUAUGAAAAGGAAUGUUUUUCUGAUGAGGAAGGGGCAGCCAGUUGUAACAAGCACUGCAGUGAUGUUAUAGGAGCUCAGUGCAAUGAAGAAAUAGUUGAAAAUAUAGUAUGGAAGAGAACACCUGCCGUGAAUACUAUUGCAGUACAAUGUCCUGGGAAUGAAGAUCAGAAAAUUGAAUUCCAGGAAGGUAACGCUACCCGAAGAUGUAACAGAACCGAACAGAAUGAGGGUAUCUGGAAUGAACCGUACAUUGAUCAUUGUAUUUCAGAAGAACUGCGAGACUUAAAGUUCCAGAUAUUAGAGUCUUUGUCAGGACCAUAUAUAGAGGAGAUAUCAAUAUUAGAAUAUGCCGACGAACUUCUCAAUCAUACAGCACAAAACAUAUACACCAAUCCAAUCGAUAUAGCCACAGUGAUUGAUUUAUUGGAAGUCAUUACUAAUACACAGGCAGAGGCAAUCGUUUUAGAUAAAGAGAUGCUGAAUGACGGCGAUAAACAGUUUGAACGAAUUGGAGUUGUCUACCCUACUGUUGACCAAACCAAUACUUUUUCACAGAUGAUAAUUGGUAUAGUUGACAACUUGCUUAGCAGUAAGAACGGUAUUGGUUGGAACAAAACUAAACCUGCUGGUGUCGAAGCUGACCACUUAUUGAGUGUUAUGAAACGAUUCGCCGAUAUCAUCGCAAAGAGUUUGGAAUACCAUUUUCAAGAUAGAUUAGUUAAACGCUAUGAAGAGGCGGAUGUUAUCAUUUCAAAAGAAAACAUAGAGUUCAAAGUAACAAUGCAAGGAAUCAAUCAAUUUCACGGAUUUGCUUUCCCCGACGGCAAGGAUAUUAAUGAUGGAAUGUCUAGCAAAUAUGGAAGUAUUGAGCUACUUCAAAGUGUGGUAGAAACGGAAAAUAUAUCUGCUGUACCAGGUAUAGUUUUCCUAGAAACAUCAAGCUUCCGUUAUCGACAUCUAGCUAGAUAUCUUCCAACACAUGAAUAUAAAAGCAAAAAUAAAGAAGACAAUGUCAAUACUCCAGUCAUCGCAGUGUACAUACAUGCUAAUGGUGGUAUGCCAUUUGUAAACAACCUGUCAACGCCUAUCAUUUUAAACUUUCCGAUUCUGAAUUCAUUUAAUAUAUCCAAUCCUGAGUGUGUAAGAGUCAGACAUGAAGGGAAUAAUGGCACACAAAAAUACAUAUGGACUUGGUUGUCAGAUGACUGUAAAGUUGAGCACUUCGAUGUAAAGUCUGUAGUCUGUCAUUGCCGACGUCCAGGAGUGUUUGCUGCAACAACAGAUAUGUAUAAUGUCAAUUGGGAUAAAGGUUAUAGACGACCUAUAUUGAUGAAUGUUGCUUCAUACCUUGGAUGUCUAGCUUCGGCUCUCAUGUGCCUUGCCACACUUGUUGUUCAUCUUUAUUAUAAAACUACAUCAUGCACAGCAUCCCUUCAUAAAAAUCUGUCCGUGUCAAUUAUAUUCAGCCAACUAUUUAUGUGUGGAAUAGAUCUGUAUGACUAUAAGAUAGUUUGCCAAAUCAGCUCAGUAUUACUUCAUUAUUUCUUUCUGUCGACAUAUUCCUGGUUGAUGAAUGAAGCAUUUAAUUUGUACAUAGUAAUUACCUACUCAGCACAUUCCCACGGCGAGCUGAAUGAAUCUGGUGGACAGGUUAGAUAUUAUUUUCUAGGAUGGGUAAUUCCUGGCAUUUUAGUGGGAGCCUUUAUCGGUUCCCAAGGAGAUGGCUAUUAUGCUAAGGAUAUGUGCUGGGUUGACUGGGAUAAUCUAUGGCUUUUCUGUGGACCAGCUGUAGGAAUCAUUGCGGUAAACAUAAUGGUCAUGAUAUUCACAGCAAAAGAACAGAAUGAAAAUUCUUACACAAAGAGUGAGAAAACGAACAAAAUCAUCACAAUCCACAUGAGAGGACUCUGGACACAGUUGAUAUUAGUAACGGUUGUAUGGUCCUUUGCAUUUAUUUCACUCAAGAUGCAUGAUGCCAUUUUGAAGUAUCUGUAUGCCUUGAUGAAUUGUCUUCAGGGUUCAUUUUUUAUAGUAUUUUACCUGUUUCUCCACGAAGAGAUCAGCAUCAUAUUAAAAUCAACGAAGAAAACAAAGACGUUGCUGGUACAGGGUCCGGAUACAGAUGACAGAUCCAUGGGAUCAGGAACAUCGUUUAAUGUUAUUGAAAAGGAACCUCUCGACAAGAUCAAACUGACAAAACGUAGUCCACAUAAGUCGACUGAGAAAGUGCGUAAACGGAAACCAAAAAUCGAAGCCAGUACAGAUGAGGAAAUUGAAGGUUCAGACUGUGAAAUGAUCACAACUGUGUAAUACAAUCAUUAAUUAAUAAAUAUAUUCUUUUUGUA